CAAGUUAUCCCAGAGCUUCAACAACUCCCAAUGCCCACCACUCGAAUACCAAUUGAUGGAUUAUGGCGAUGCCUCUGCCCUUCCCUCGAUGGCAUUGCCAUAGUACGGCAUCAGCGAGUUGCGCCUUCUUCUCGAAUCUUUCCGGCUGGUUACACAUGUAGAACGAAUCGUCCUCAAACCCACCCCUUCCACACCUCGACCCAUGCUCGAGCACUGCAAAAUGAGAACUCCACGGGCUCUUCGCGUUGCUUUGGAGAGAAUUGGAAUAGCACGCCAAAUAAUGCUGCAACUCUUUCGUCCUAUGCUUCCAGUCAGGGCUCUGGAAUACCCUCAACACAGUUCAGAGUUCCUACAGUUUCCCGCUUGAACUCCAAGAUUCCAUACGAAACACUGGACUCGAUGUCAAUACCACAAAUACAUGACCUCCUCCGAAAGACGAGAACGGAACGAAAGUCAUAUUUCAAAGUCGUGGAGCUGGUUUCGUAUCUUAUUAGCGAAAGGGGAGAAAAGCCGGCUUUGAUACAUUACGAUUCCUUGAUACGUGCCAACGCGAGCGCUAUGCAAGGAAGUGCGGACGCAGUGAGGACUCUCUUGGAAGAGAUGAAGGAAUUUCAAAUUGGUGCCGAUUCGGGGUUAUAUCAUGGAGCACUGCAAGUUUUGGCCAUUCAUCCAGAUUACGUACUGCGUGCUGAGAUCAUGCAAGAGAUGAAAGAACGAUGGGUAGGGCUCUCACCUGAAGGAUGGCAUAGCUUUGUCGUGGGAUUGAUUAGAGACCGCCAAUACGAAGUUGCGAUGGACAAGUUGGACGAGAUGCAUUCCGACAGGAUUACAGUACAGCCCUGGUUGUAUGACAUAUUCAUGUUCCAGUUAUGUGAAGCUAGCGAGUUGGACGAAGCUUUCAACUUGCUGAAAUACAGGUUCGAGAACAGUAGGAACGAGAUAUUGCCUUCUGUAUGGUACUACCUCAUGGAUGCUUUCAGCAGUGCCUUGCAUUACGAAGGAGUCAAAUUUAUCUGGAAGAGGCGUGUUGAAAACGAAAGUCUAGUCCUUUCAGACGGCAUGUGUGUAGCCGUCCUCAAUUGCGCAGCACGAUACUCCGACCCCGAGCUCGCAACAAACACCAUUCGUAUUCUCUCCGGCCGACGAUCAGCCCUGACUGCGUUCCACUACGAACCUUUACUUGCUGCCUACGCUGGAGCAGGAGACCUCAAGACCGCUCUGCGGGUGCUGGUGAUUAUGGCCAAAGCCAGCAUCGAACCUGACACCAGUACAACACGUCCGCUAUACCUAACAUUAUCUAAAUCUCGAGAAACGGCUCAACAGGCUUGGAAAGAUCUCGAAGAGCUCGCUCAAGAUGGCCACACAAUUCCCGUCGCAGCAGCCAAUGUCAUCAUCGAAGCUCAUAUUGAAGUUGGACAAUUUGAACAUGCUGUUGAACUCUACAAGGGCUUGCAUGAUAUCUGUGGAAGUGGUCCUAAUACAGACACUUUCAACGUUCUUCUUCAAGGAGCAUCAAGACAGGAACGUAAAGACUUGAGUGUCUUCCUGGCUAGUGAAAUGCGAGCGCUGGGUAUCGAACCCGAUAUGCUAACCUAUGAUCGCCUCAUCCUAUCUUGUCUGUACAUGCAAGACGACUAUGAAGACGCAUUUAAGUACCUUGAAGAGAUGGUUGAGGUGGGUUCGGAUAAACCUGAUGGGGGGUGGUGGAUGAGAGGUGGCACUGCAACUGUCUUCAUCAAGCGCUGUGUAGAAAAGAAGGAUCCGCGAGCUUGGACUCUACUCGAUGAGAUGGCAAGGAGAGGAAUGGAUAAUUUCAAGAUGAAGGAUUGGGUGCAUCAGAAUUGGAAGGGCCCCGCUGUUGAGGCGAGGACCGGUAGCCCCAAUCUGCGGGGAGAAGCCCUGCUUGGCUAAGGAUAUAAGAGUCAGAUAAUGUAUCACAUAUCGAAUGAGAAUGUACAUCAUAAACACAUUCUCGUAUAUGAGAAGUUCCAGGAUGGUUCAUAGCAGAGGCCACUCGUCUGCGUAGCGGUCAUAUCCUUAUUACCACGGCACCGUACAAAUCUAGCCCAACUAUGGCAGAAUCAAGUCUAUCCAAAAUUAGAAUUCUGAGAGAAUUGUACUUUGUACGGCUUCUCCGCUUCUGAAAGCCGGUCUUUGUAAUUUGCAGUAAGCGAGAUGGAGAAUAAUGCACAUUUCGGCAGCCGCUGGCUUAUCCAUCAUUUCCACAAUCGGAUAUCAUAAGAACAAAUACAGCGAAUCAUCGACUCCAACGACCGUGUGGUUUCCUAGACAUCAGUUGCUGAUUUUGUAGCUACGAGAUUCGAAUAAAGCUCAAUGCCACUGUUUCAUGCUUUGUAAGGCAAGAUAUGAUAGCCCUGGGACUCUUUUUGUUGUCUCCCAGGAAAUCUAGGGCGGUUGUUUUCUUCCAUGUGUUGUAAGAAAAUACUGGCGCCCUCCUAAUACAAAAUACUUGCCGAUGUGGAUUUGAGUUCAUGAGAACUGCUAGAAUAAUAAUUAAAACAGGGUGGAGCAGUAGUAUCGUCUUAGACAUAAUGC